AUGGCGCUGCGGGUCUUGACCGAGAAAGCCCUGGCGCUGGCGAUGGCAGUGGCGGUCGCGGUGACGCAGCUGCACGGCGGGGGGGCCCAGACCCCGGCCAGCGUGCAGUACGUCGCCUCCCCGGCCGGCAACUUCUUCGUGGUUCCUGGGAAGAGCAUUCUGCCCUGGGACGCCUUUGCACUCCUCGGAAACACUGACAGCUGGGUCAGUGUUCCACAGUGUCCUCCUUCAAACCAGUGGUUCCCAAACUUUUCCAAGCAGGCGCCCCCUUGGCUCUCAGAAUUAGACGGCACAAAAUCCUGUUUCUUCUGUGCUAAUCAGAACACUAACCGGACAGGUUUAUGCAAGGCGAGCUGUUGGGCAGCAAUCGAGUGCGUUGCAUGGUCGUUUGUGACCCUGGCCGAUGGGUCAGGCCAGUGCAGACUGGCCAAUGAGGGGCCCACUACCUUGACCGUCCCGGAGGGCACCGACGCCACCUACUACUUCAAGGAGAGUGCUGUGCCGGGGGUUUACUCCUUCAAGGUGGACCGCCUCCUGUACCUGACGCCGUCGAUGCAGCUGAAGUACGAGGCAGCCAAGGCCUUCUGCGCCAGGAUCCCCGGCCACCGUCUCGGGAUGUACAAGACGAUCCAGCAGCUGGACAUGUUGGAGGAGUACUGGUGCUUAUCUGGGAACUGUCCUGCCACGCUGUACAUGUACUUGGAGAAGACAGCCGACGGGGUAGUCUUCGGCGACGGAACACCUUUCUCUUCCACAGAGAUCGCACAGACGGGCAUCGUCAUGAACUCCCAAACUUCAUACACAUUCAUCUUCUACAACAAGAGAGUGGAUGACGCCACAGAAACUUCAGCGAGGCCCUUCCUGUGUCAGGCAAACCCGAAUGGUGUAGACUGGUAAUAGGAGGGAAGAGGAAAGGAGGAGGGAAAGAGAGAGUGAAGGAGGGAAGGGAGGGAAAAGGGAGGAGA